AUGAGGCCGUGGCUGCUGCUCCUCUCGCUCCUCGCGCUCGCGCUGCUCGCAGCGGCCGACACCGAGAUUGUCAACUUCCGCCUCCCGCUAACAGGCAAGAUCGUGACCCCGCCUCGCGGGGCAGCGACGGCGUCCCUCUCGGUAACGCAGCGCCAGACAGAGCUGAGCGUAUCCGACGCUCAGCCAGAGCUGUGGGUCGCCCUCAACCUCGAGGACAAGGGCCAGAGCUGGACCGCGCGGCUGUCAUGGCCCGGCAGUUCGCCGACGCGCUUCGCGGCGCAUAUCCACCCCAGCGCGACGGGUGGUGUGCUUCUGCAUAUUGAGGCGGCGGCGCUCAGCCCCCGCAUGCCGCAUCCCCUGCUGGCCCGCUUCCGUGGCUUGUUCCGCCGCAGCACUACCGACAACGAGAGCGACGGCGCCGCCGACGCCGACGACAAGGCGUCCAUCGCCAGCUCCGACUCGUGGACUAGCUGGGCGGAUAUCGGCUUGUUCAACUACAACUCGGCCGAUACGGACUCCGAGCCUGACACGGACGCGCCGUGGCCGUUCCACACGAGGUUCCACCUCGUCCUCGAGCCGCUCGUCUUCGGCGUGCUUCCCGCCACGGCAGCGAGCACCAUCGCCGCCAUACUCAUCUUCGCUGUUGGAGGGGCUGUGCUCGCGCCAUGCCUCAUCCGCGCCCUGCGUCUCCUCAUCCUCCGCCUCGAGGAGGACAAGGGCGCCGACACGCCCGCCGCCGCCCUCUUCGCCAACAUGGCUGAGAAGGCCAAGACCAAGAGCGAGUGA